AUGUGGAUUCUCACGGAGGUUCGGCCGUGGAACGUUGUUGUUGUUGUGGUGUUGGUAGGGAGGCUCGAGCUUCUCCCGGCUGGCUGACGGGUUUUUUUUUACCCUCCCCUCGCCGUUUUCGGUUGGGUGUUUUAGGCCUUCGCCAUGGUGUGCGAGAAAUGUGAAAGAAAACUUGGUACAGUAAUUACACCUGAUACCUGGAAAGAUGGUGCAAGAAACACAACAGAAAGUGGUGGGAGAAAAUUAAAUGAAAACAAGGCAUUGACAUCAAAAAAAGCAAGAUUUGAUCCUUACGGCAAAAACAAAUUUGCAAUAUGCCGGAUUUGUAAAAGUUCAGUUCAUCAGCCAGGCUCUCAUUACUGCCAGGGAUGUGCAUACAAAAAAGGCAUCUGUGCAAUGUGUGGAAAGAAAGUCUUGGAUACAAAAAACUACAAGCAAACAUCAGUUUAAUUAUGGUGAUUUUUUUAAUUGACCCACUUUGAACUUCAAAGCAAUUGCUAAACAUGAUCAUUACUGAUAAUACGAUGAAAGACUUCUAGAGAACUUGCAUGGGAUAAUUGUGCUAUCUUAGAUCUAAGUUUUAAUCUGCAUUAAUGGCUAUGUUUAUUUGGAGUAAGAAAUAUUUGUUCACCAUAAUUAUUUUAGAAAAACUUAAAAGUGUAACAAAUAGUUUAGCUUUCCCAACAACUGAAUGUAAGCUACUCUUACAUUCAAGAAUAAGGAUUGCUGAACAUACCAGCAAAAUCACAAUAAAAUUGGCAUAUGAUGAUUUAUAGGAUAAUUGAAUAUUUAAAUAUAAUACUGUGUAAUUUUGGCAAUCCAACUACAGCAAUAGGCAGUUCUUCAAUUUAUUUGUGUUACAUGGAAUUGCUUGCAACAAAGGCUUUCAAAGCAUCUGGCAAAUAACAGUACAUGAGCAUUGAAUGUCAUUCUGUUGAACUGGUUGCACAUAAAUACUGUACCUCGGUUAAUAACUUUUUACUUAAAUGGAUGUCAUUUUUAAUGUUAAACUUGUGGCUUAAAUUUAAAAUGGCAUUAAUAUUUUUAAAAUAAAUAUUUAACUUGAUUGUGUACAGAACUAUUGUUAAAGAGAAAGAAUGCAGAAUUCCUAAUUUGUUGUGCUCAUAUUUUGGAUUUUAUUUUGUUAGAGUCUCUUAUAUGCAUUUCUACAAUAUUUGAUGGUUAAUAUGUUGUUUGUGCAUUUUUAUCUGUGAUGCAAAAAAAUCAACAGUUUUUAAUUGGAAAGACUACAUGACUGAACUGGAUACAGUUGUAUCGGUUUGAUUCUGCCAAAUUGUAGGUGUAAUGCCAGUAUUUUAAAGAAAUGAUUAAAAAGGGGCAAUCAACAUAAUUCCAAUCAUGUUUAAUUAAUAACUUUUAUGACGUUGAAAAAUUUAUUGUGAUAGUAUUCAGUUUGAUUGUUUUGAGGCUCUAUCCUAGCCCAUAUCAUUGGCUUUUAAUUUUCAUAAACACCAAUGGCUCUGAGGCCAACAAAAUGCUACUUUGAGUUGAGUAUCUUAAAAAUGGAUAAGCAAUAUGAAUACUGUAUUUAACUUUGAUCCCAAUAACUGAAUGAUGGGAUACAAUUGUUGAUUAAUCGUAAUGUGGUGAUAAAAUAUACCCCUCCACACACCCACAUGAGCUGCAUUCAAUACCAAACCUAUGGGAUUCCCUCAUCCCCAAUCAAUACAUUGUAAGAAAAUAUUUACAGCAAGCAGAAUUGACUCUGAAUAGCAAUAGGGGGAAGAAUCAGACAGUAAACCAAAUUGUUUAUUUUUACAGACCAUAUUUCAAAAAUAGUAUAACCAGCAUACCAACU